AUGACAAGUGAACCCGAAUUUCAGCAGGCUUACGAUGAGAUUGUUUCUUCUGUGGAGGACUCACGAAUCUUUGAGAAAUUUCCACAGUAUAGGAAAGUACUACCUAUUGUUUCUGUUCCGGAGAGAAGCAUUCAAUUCAGAGUCACAUGGGAAAAUGACAAGGGCGAGCAAGAAGUGGCACAGGGAUACAGAGUGCAGUUCAACUCAACAAAGGGGCCUUACAAGGGUGGACUGCGCUUUCACCCAUCGGUGAACCUGUCCAUACUGAAAUUUCUGGGGUUUGAACAAAUCUUCAAGAACGCCCUCACUGGAUUAGACAUGGGUGGUGCUAAAGGUGGUCUGUGUGUAGAUUUAAAAGGCAAGUCUGACAAUGAGAUCAGAAGGAUUUGCUACGCGUUCAUGAGAGAAUUAAGCAAGCAUAUUGGCAAGGAUACGGAUGUCCCCGCGGGUGAUAUUGGUGUUGGUGGCCGUGAGAUUGGUUACUUGUUUGGGGCUUACAGAUCGUACAAGAACUCUUGGGAAGGUGUUUUGACCGGUAAGGGUUUGAAUUGGGGUGGCUCGCUCAUUAGGCCGGAGGCCACUGGCUUCGGGUUAGUCUACUAUACGCAAGCGAUGAUCGAUUAUGCUACAAACGGCAAGGAGUCGUUCGAGGGCAAGCGUGUGACAAUCUCCGGAAGCGGUAACGUGGCGCAAUAUGCAGCUUUGAAAGUUAUCGAGCUGGGUGGUAUUGUGGUGUCGUUAUCAGACUCGAAGGGAUGCAUUGUCUCCGAGACUGGUAUUACGUCGGAGCAAAUCAGCGACAUCGCUGCAGCCAAGAUCCGUUUCAAGUCCUUGAAAGAAAUCGUUGAUGACUACGCAACCUUCAGCGAAUGUAAGAUCAAGUAUAUAGCAAGGGCACGCCCAUGGACCCACGUGGCCGACGUGGAUAUUGCCCUGCCCUGUGCCACUCAAAACGAGGUUAGUGGUGAUGAAGCCAAGGUCCUAGUAGCAUCCGGCGUAAAGUUUGUUGCCGAAGGUGCAAACAUGGGCUCAACACCUGAGGCCAUCUCUGUUUUCGAAACAGCGCGUAGCACUGCAACCAAUGCUAACGACGCCGUCUGGUUCGGGCCCCCAAAGGCAGCUAACCUAGGUGGCGUAGCAGUAUCCGGUCUGGAAAUGGCUCAGAAUUCGCAAAAGGUCACUUGGACUGCCGAGCGUGUAGAUCAAGAAUUGAAGAAGAUAAUGAUUAACUGCUUCAACGACUGCAUACAAGCCGCACAAGACUACUCCACGGAGAAAAACACCAAGACCCUACCAUCAUUGGUCAAGGGGGCCAACAUUGCGAGCUUCGUCAUGGUAGCUGAUGCCAUGCUUGAUCAAGGAGACGUUUUCUAG